CAGAUCCUGGUGGGAACUUGUUUGAGUGUGGACACUCGUGGGUGGAGAUGAGACACGGGAGUAAUGGGAACUGUGGAGAAACAGGUGUGGCAGCCCUUGCCGCCCACCACUGUGGACAGCAUUGGAUGUUCUAGGGUUUUUUUUUUGUUUUUUUGUUUUUGUUUGUUUGAAGAAAAGCUGGAAAUCUGACCUUGGAGGGAUAAACUCUUUAUUUUCCUAUAUUACUGAUCUGCCUUCUGGUUUUGCCAGUUUGCAGUUUCUGGUAGACAUCCACCAAAAAGUAGUGUGGACUGCUGUGUGGACUUCUGAUCCUCAGUCCUUCACCUGAAACCUGGAAAACAGAAAAGCUUAAAAACAAAAGCAGAACUUGUUCCGAAAGGAGGCAAGGCCUCUGGAUGACACGUCUAGCAUUCAGUCCACACGGGACGGCCCACGUGUGUGCCCGAGGACUUGAGUGUUCCAUAGAUCCUGCAGCGAUGUUUCUAAAUAGGAGACACGCACCGGGUGGCCUUUGGAAACUUGGGAAAAUUCUGAAUUUGUAAACCCAGGUGCCAGUGUUUUUUAGACCCAUGUUGCUCUGUGCUCCCAGUGGCCGCGCCGGCUGUGUGUGAACCGGCUGGGGGACCGGUGGUCUCAGCCGCAGUGGAGGGUCUUGGCGUUGUUCCCUGGUCAGCAACCUCCUCUAGCCUUUGCAUCCACCCCCCCCCCACCCCGUCCUGAGCCCUGUUGGAAUGUCACAACCUUAGGUAUUUGUCAUUUGUCCUCCUGCGUCCAAGCUGCAACCAGGGCCUUCGGCUCUCCACCUGAAACAGAAUUUUAUGAUUUCUGAAAAUUUCAUUUGGUCAGCCUUAUCUCCCCCUCCCUCCCCACCUGAAAUAAAAGAGAUUAAGAACUGGCCCUCUCUUCCUUCUGCAGCUCACAGGGUUUGGGUGGGGGGUGGACAGAACAUUUAAAAAUAAUAGGAUUUUCCCCCUCCGGUUGGUAGGAAUAAAUCUGCAGCUACUGUUUUAUUGGAAAUCCCAGCUGAAAAUAAAAGGGGUUCAAUUCAGUCUCAGAUUUAACUAGUUACUUACUUUUUCACCACCCCCCUGGGGUGUGUGGUUGCUGGGUUUACCUUGGCAGUGGGUGCCUGGUUGGAUUUAAAGGGCCAAGCAAAUGGGAUGGGGUGGUGGCCUCGUGCAUGCCCUCUUGCCUCCCAGGGUGGAGGUGGGCGGAAUGUGUCUUGGGCUCCGGCUGAUGGAGGUGUUUGGGUUUCUUUUGCAGGCUGACGGAGCCAGUGCAGCUGGAAGGAAAAGCACUGCAAACAGGGAGCGCUUGAAGCGCAGCCAGAAGAGCACCAAGGUGGAGGGCCCGGAGCCGGGGCCAGCCGAGGCCUCGUUGAGUGCCGAGCAGGGGACCAUGACGGAGGUGAAGGUCAAGACGGAGCUCCCCGAUGACUAUAUCCAGGAGGUGAUCUGGCAGGGCGAGGCCAAGGAGGAGAAGAAGGCCGUCAGCAAGGAUGGGACUGGUGACGUGCCUGCAGAAAUCUGUGUGGUGAUCGGCGGGGUCCGCAACCAGCAGACUCUUGAUGGAAAAGCACCCGAAGGCAGCCUCCAUGGUGGAUCUAUGCGAAGCCGGUAUUCGGGGAGCUGGAUUUUUGACCAAGCAAUGAAAUAUGCAUCUGGGUCCUAUGAGUGUGGUAUCUGUGGCAAGAAGUACAAGUAUUACAACUGCUUCCAGACUCACGUCCGGGCACACCGUGACACCGAAGCCACGUCAGGGGAGGGAGCCUCCCAAAGCAACAAUUUCAGGUACACGUGUGACAUCUGUGGGAAGAAGUACAAGUAUUACAGCUGUUUCCAGGAGCACCGGGACCUGCACGCGGUAGAUGUGUUUAGUGUGGAAGGGGCCCCCGAGAAUCGGGCAGACCCAUUUGACCAAGGUGUCGUGGCCACAGAUGAGGUGAAGGAGGAACCCCCAGAGCCAUUUCAGAAAAUCGGGCCAAUGAACAAUAUUACAUCAGACAUUUUUAAGAAGAAAGAAGUUAGGCAGAGCCAGAAGAGAGGUAAAGAAACUGGCAAUUACACCUGCGAGUUCUGUGGAAAGCAGUACAAGUACUACACACCAUACCAGGAGCAUGUGGCCUUACACGCCCCCAUCAGUACCGCCCCCGGGUGGGAGCCGCCGGAUGAUCCAGACACGGGUUCCGAGUGUUCGCAUCCAGAGGUCACCCCAUCUCCACGCUUCGUGGCAGCGAAGACCCAGACGAAUCAGUCAGGGAAAAAAGCUCCAGCCUCCGUGGUUCGAUGUGCCACCCUCUUACACCGCACCCCUCCAGCUACUCAAACUCAGACGUUCCGCACUCCAAACUCGGGAUCUCCAGCCAGCAAGGCAACCGCAGCAGAAAGCGCCUUCAGUCGAAGAGUAGAAGGCAAAGCACAAAACCACUUUGAAGAGACCAAUAGCAGUUCGCAAAACUCCAGCGAAACUACAAGUCCCCUGAUUUCCAACCCUUUCCCUCUCCUGCAGAAGCCCUACACGUGUGGCGCCUGUGGCAUCCAGUUCCAGUUCUACAACAACCUGCUGGAGCACAUGCAGUCCCACGCAGCUGACAACGAAAACAACAUCACCUCCAACCAGUCCCGAUCUCCACCUGCCGUCGUGGAAGAGAAGUGGAAACCUCAGGCCCAGAGGAAUAGCGCCAACAACACCACAAGCAGCGGUCUACCACCCAACAGCAUGAUCCCAGAGAAGGAGCGGCAGAACAUCGCCGAGCGUCUGCUGCGGGUCAUGUGUGCUGACCUGGGGGCUCUGAGCGUAGUCAGUGGGAAGGAGUUCCUCAAGUUAGCCCAGACCUUGGUGGACAGCGGUGCCCGCUAUGGAGCCUUCUCAGUCACCGAGAUCCUGGGCAACUUUAACACGCUGGCGCUGAAGCACCUGCCUCGCAUGUACAACCAGGUGAAGGUGAAGGUGACCUGUGCCCUGGGCAGCAACGCCUGCCUGGGUAUCGGCGUCACCUGCCACUCGCAGAGCGUCGGUCCCGACUCCUGCUACAUCCUUACGGCCUACCAGGCCGAGGGCAACCACAUCAAGAGCUAUGUGCUGGGCGUGAAGGGCGCGGACAUCCGCGACAGCGGCGACCUGGUGCACCACUGGGUGCAGAACGUGCUGUCGGAGUUCGUGAUGUCGGAGAUCCGGACGGUGUACGUGACAGACUGCCGCGUGAGCACGUCGGCUUUCUCGAAGGCCGGCAUGUGCCUUCGCUGCUCGGCCUGUGCCUUGAACUCGGUGGUGCAGAGCGUGCUGAGCAAGCGGACGCUGCAGGCCCGCAGCAUGCACGAGGUCAUCGAGCUGCUCAACGUGUGCGAGGACCUGGCGGGCUCCACGGGCCUCGCCAAGGAGACCUUUGGGUCCCUGGAGGAGACAUCGCCACCACCCUGCUGGAACUCAGUGACGGACUCCCUGCUGCUGGUGCACGAACGCUAUGAGCAGAUCUGUGAGUUCUACAGCCGGGCGAAGAAGAUGAACCUCAUCCAGAGCCUCAACAAGCACCUGCUGAGCAACCUGGCCGCCAUCCUGACGCCCGUGAAGCAGGCCGUCAUCGAGCUGAGCAACGAGAGCCAGCCCACCCUGCAGCUCGUGCUGCCCACCUACGUCCGGCUGGAGAAACUGUUCACGGCCAAGGCCAACGAUGCGGGGACCGUCAGCAAGCUCUGCCACCUCUUCCUGGAGGCGCUCAAAGAGAACUUCAAGGUGCACCCGGCCCACAAGGUGGCCAUGAUCCUGGACCCGCAACAGAAGCUGCGGCCCGUGCCGCCCUACCAGCACGAGGAGAUCAUCGGCAAGGUCUGCGAACUCAUCAACGAGGUGAAGGAAUCCUGGACGGAGGAGGCCGACUUCGAACCCACUGCCAAGAAGCCCCGCUCUGCCGCCGGUGAGCACCCCGCCGCUCAGGAGGACGACCGGCUAGGGAAGAAUGAAGUGUACGAUUACCUGCAGGAACCCCUUUUUCAGGCCACCCCUGAUCUCUUCCAGUACUGGUCAUGUGUGACCCAAAAGCACACAAAACUGGCCAAGCUGGCCUUCUGGCUGCUGGCCGUUCCCGCUGUGGGAGCUCGAAGUGGGUGUGUAAAUAUGUGUGAGCAGGCACUUCUCAUCAAAAGGAGGCGGCUACUCAGCCCAGAAGAUAUGAACAAGCUCAUGUUUCUGAAAUCCAACAUGCUUUAAGAUGCAGCUUCAGAAAUUAAACAAAAAAAAAAAACUUUAAAGAAAAAAAGACAAGAGAACGUUAGGGAAGGAAAAAUUAAAAGAAACACAACACUGUCACAAAGGAAAGGAAUUUAAGUUCUAAACACUGUGGACCUCAUUAUAAACACCCCCUCCCCCAGGAAACUUAAGUGCUUUUUUUCCCCCAUGUAUGUGUGUGUGCACGUAUGUCCACACCCACGCGUGUGUCCAAACAUUCAGGCCACGGGUGUGGGGCAUAGGGCAGGCUUCACCCUCAGCUACUGGCCAGAGAAGCUCCACACACGUAUGUGCACACACAUACAACCCUAGUGCGCAUGCGCAUGCCUGCUCACAGGUGUGUGCACCCGGUUGGAUGUGUCAGGAAAGCCGGAAAGAGGGAGAUGGUUCACCUUUUCUCCAGCACGGGCUCUGUAGAAGGAAGGACUCUGUUUUCAGGUGCGCAGAUUGGGAGAAGCCAAUACAGGGUGUGCAGUUGGUCGGGUGGCUGAGAUCCCAAGUGAGCGACCCAAUGGUCCCUGUCCUUCCAUCUCCCUCCCCAUCCCCUGACUCCCCACCCCCUCCCCCACCCCAGCUGCUCUGCCAUGGAUUCUCCAAACUGCAUUCGAUGGACAGUUUCUGCACUGGACUUUGUUUCUCGUUCACCUUCAGGGCAUUGAGCUGCUGUCUGUCUUGGUGACUCCGUUCCAAGGUGUUCCCAGGGUGGGCAGCCGCUUUAGAAACACACCUAUCUAUCUCCCCUAAAAUCAGGAAAGGAGACGUUCAAGGAUAUAAAAGCUGAUGGUUUGCUUUUUAAUGUAAGAGGCGGGGGAGACUUUUUUUCCCCCAGAGAAGUAUAGCUAAAUGUCUCCACUCAGUAAUUUUUUCCAACACAUGAGCAAUGUUUUAUCUUUUGGGGGUGGGUGGGUUGGGGUUCAUUUUUGUUUUUUCACAUUUGAUUAAGACUCUGCUAGGAGGCACUGAAUGUCUGUAACUUAUGUUUCAGAGUUUUUCUAUUGCUUUGUUUUUGACUUGGCCUCAAGUCUCACUGUAAACUAGCUCAUCUCAGUGGUAUGUUCGCUGUCGUAAGCUUUUUCUCAUCCUUAGCUGGGAGAACAGUUCCGAUCUCAUGUUGUUCAGACAGCCGAGACUCAGCUCAGGAUGGCGCUGGCUGGAGGCCAGGCUGGCUGGUUCCUCAAAUGUGGGGUUUGGUGGAAACUGCAGGGAGCAGCAUGCGGCCUAGGGGUCCUCUGAAUGUAAGCAAAGACCCACCUACUGAUUGGCUGUCGGUACCAGGAUAUCUUACUCCUGUACCCAGACUGCUCCAAUCCUCACCUCAUUCCAGGCCUUCCUGAUCAGAUCCACAUUCACCUCUGCCACACCCCAGGCCCACAGUCUCUCCUCCCCCUCCCCCCGUCCUUGGAGUCCCAGGGCCUUUGUGGUGGGAGGGUUGUCCAAGCUCUGCGGUCUCACCAGGCCCGCAGGCCUCCACCCAGGGCAGCAGCUGAGCAGGGUACCUUGUGGUCUGGACAGUUGAUGUCCAGAGGUGGACACAUUCAACUUCAUGCUGUGAAAGGGGUCACUCCUGACCUCCCUCCUGGCCCCCUCCCCCGGCCAGGAACAACUGAGCUUCUGCACACAGUCCCGAUGCUGAGAAGUGACAAGGGGAAGAUCGGCUGUGACCCCCAUCCCCACACCUCACCCUGUCUCUAAGCUGCUGGUCUAACAGCCCUCCCGUGACCACGGCUCUGAGAUGUUUGUGCUUGGGCUAAGAAGAGCCACCACUUGGGGGAAGGGAGGAGCAUUUGCCAAGGUAACUUCUACCAUCCUGGGGAUUGGCUAGGACGGCACCCCUUUCCCAAGAAUAAAGCAUUACUCAACUGUGAGAUACCUCGACUACAAAAAAGCACUGUACAGCCCUCUCCCGCUGAGUCCCCCCAAUAGGAUGGGGGUAAAGGUGGUUUAGAAACUCAAGAAGGCUUAGGAUUGUGAUUGUGGGUCCAGAAUACUGUCCUCGGGAACCAGGCCUGCACACUUCACCUCAUGAGAGAACACACCCAGCUCUCUCCUGCAGAGCCGUGGACACUGAAGCAAACCCAAUGGGCCAUUUCCACAUUCACUCCAGCAAGCCAUGGUCUCAGGAACACCCUUCAGACUCUCCUGGAGAAUGUCGGCCUCUUGAGCUCAAGUCUCUCCAUCAGAAGAUCUUCUGUCAACAGGGACGGGGAAUGGGAGGGGAGGCCAAGGCAGAAACCAGAUGUCACUCCCUAGGGAAUAUGGAAACAGACAGGUUUUCCUGUUGGAUCACCUCCUGGAAGAUGAGCUAUGGGUUGUCAAUCAACAGAUACCUCCAGUCUGGCUGGGCUGCCUGAGGUAGGGCCUUCACCAGUCGCUUGGAUCCACGCAGGGAAGACAAGAGUUCCCCACCUGGUGUGGUCAGGGUUGCAGGGCCUUGGAGCCAGCCCUGACUCCCCUGGGAGCAGAGCGGAGCGGCACUGCUGGGCUGUCAGGGCAGCUGAGAAUUUGGAAACAGGCAUUCCGCACUCUUGCAAAGCCAUUGGCCAAGCCUGGACGUGCAGUUAGAGUACUCCACAUUCUCUUGUUUUGAAGCACGGGGAUGCUGGCCUUCCAGAAGGAAAACUAGCGAGUCAUGUUAAACUCAAGGUUUGAAAUCUUGAUUGUCACCAACUCUGGUUUCUUUGGUGUGUAUGUGUGUGUGUGCUGGCGCUCUACCACAGGAGCCAUACCUCCACUUCUUCUGGCUGUUUGAUGGUUAAUUGGAGAUCUUAAGAGUCUCAUUGGACUUCUCUGCCCCCGCUGGCUUCGAAUAGUAAUCCUCAUAGUUCAGCCUCCUGUGUAGCUAGGAUUCAGGUUUGGGCCCCCAGCUCCAGUUCUUUUGCACUUCAGUUCAGUACUUAGGACUUUCUCCGUGCCAAUGCAAGUUUGAUGUGAGUGCCACUGGGUUCUCCUGGGCAGCCUCACCUGCAUAGAUAAGGAGGUGAUGGGCAGUCAUUCCUUUCUGGUUCCCCAGACUCUCUUGUCACCAACAAGGCCAUACCUCUCAAGCAGGCCAUCCUUAAGGGCAAAUCAUGCUGCCACAGACAGCUGGAUACAAUCCAAAGAUCUCACCAAUCCAACCACUGGCUCCUCAUUUCCAGCAAUAUCCACCUUACCAAACUCUAGCUCUGCCAAAGGACUGAGCCAGGCUCUUCCAGUUCAUCCUCCUGGUGCCUGACCUGGCCUUGACCUUCAGAAGGAUGUUCCUCAACUCCUUCCCAGCUCUACCACCACCCAAGGUCAUUCCACAGACCUUUGAGGCACAAGAGACCAGGAAGUUGGGGCAUUUUCUAUUCUCUGCAAUUCAAAAUGGCUGUCCAACCACAGAUACAGCUUCCCAGGACAAAUGGCCUCUGUUUGGACAUUCACAGACCCAAACUACAUCUUCAUUUAGCAGAGGGGAGGAGGGGGUACCCCCUCUUCUAAUGUCAGUUUGUUAUGCCAACAAAGCCCAAGCCAAGGACCACAGUGUCAUAGGUGGCCUCUGAUUCAGAGUGGCAGAAUGGUCUCAGGUCUGAGGAGUGAUGGUGUCAUCCUGAUGGAUCAGCCAGCCUGGCUGUCCUGUUCCCAGCACGUAGGUCUACCCCCCAUGCCCUCCCACCCGUGUCAUUUAGAAACGAGGAAACAGCAGGUGCCACCUGAGCAAAACUGUCUGCCCUUCAUUUCUUGGGGGCUUCCAGUACAGAAAACCUUCAAGUACAUCAGGAGUGGGGACAUAGUGCCACCAUCCAGCUCAAUACUUUCACCGUGGCAUUGAGGUCUUGGCUGGAGGAAAUGACACUGGGGCUCCCUGGUGAGAAGGGACCACAGUGACACUGUGGAUGAGAAGUCACAUAUGCCCAGUGCUACAGGAAGGAGGUGUGACACCAACAGUAGAGGCUGACCAGGUCCGCUUUGCAGUUCCAGUGGUUUUCUCCUGUACCCUCAAGAAGCAGCAGAGAAGACAUCGCAAAUCCCAUUUCCUGCAGUGAAGCUGAGCCUCCUCCCUGUUUCUGUGCCAGGCCUCCUGCCUCCCCUGGAUUUAUUAGGGUACACAGAAGUGUGAGCAUCUGGAAAGAUGUCAGUGAUGCAGCUCAGACUCUGGGUCCAUCUGGUCGCCAGAAGUUUGCAGUGAUGGCAGAAUGUGGAUGGAGAAGGGAGGCCCCUGAGAUGCUACCUGGACCUUGUCAUCAUGAUGUCCUGGGUGAAGAGGAAGGCGUGGCUUGACGAGCCACCUCCCAGCUGUGCACUGGCCUUGGGACCAAGGCAACACCGCUGCCUCUGGGAUGUACUAGAAGGAGGCUCCUGGGAAGGCCCGUGGUGCAGACAAACGGGAGGCCAUAUGAGGCUCAGGCUGGGCCCUGGAGACAGUAGAUGGGGCCUCUGCCCACCUGGGCAGUGGCAGAGCUGGGAGGAGGCGCCCCCCCUCCCCUUUCACUGUGGCUAAUGUUUGCUAGGCCAGUUUUGGUGAACCAAUGAUGACAGUGUUUUCCUCUUAUGUUGACCUCCCAUCUCCCCCUUUCGGGGUCUUCUCGGGGAUUUUUUUGUUGUUGUUGCUGUUCUUUUCCUCCUUGUCUCAUUUGGGUCUGAAGAAGGUGGUUAGAGGAGCCACGCUCACCAAGAGUCUGGUUCUGUAUUCAGAGGCCCCUGGCUCCCGCUUUGGUGCUGGGCUGGUGGGGAAGUCGCUGUCCCACACAGCCCUGACCCAUCAGGGCCCCACCCCCACCCCCAAGUAUCCACUGAGCAUCUUGACUCUUCGAACCAAAGUUCCUUAAAGGGGCCUAGGCCAGCCUUGUCCACAACCUCAGGGGCCUGGGAUUCUCGUGGCACAGCCUGAAACCCUGGUUGGCACGGACCAUGGCGUCUUGGGACCAGCUGGAAGGAAGGCUCUCCCCACACACAACCCAGGUGCCCACCGGGCUCCUGGUCAAGGACCCUUGCCCACCCAGCCAGGGUAGGUGACUUCCCACGCAGAGAAUACGCAUGUGGGCUGACGGGAGCUGGGCCUUGCCAGCCGAGAAAGAGCAGGAGCCACGCAGCAGGGGCUUCUAGACCCCAAGCAUCAGGAAACCAUUUUGUACAACCACCCGAAGCAGAUAUUUUUUAAGACGCGUAAGUUAUUUUUUAGUUGUUUUUUCUGGAUCCUACCUUUUCCUCCUGCCCUCCGUCCCCCCAUCCCCCCACAGCCUCACGUCGGUGAUUCCUUCACAUCAGGUAAACCUUGAGAACGCCUUGGUGCCCCAUCCUCCGUGACUUCCCCCCCCAACUCAGUGACCACGUGUGUGCACCCCCAUCCUGUCUCCUUAGUUAAGACUUCCUAGGCAAUACCAUGGACACAUCUGUGUCUCUCUUCGCGUACAAGAAACUCAAGUCAUCUUUAAAAUUUAAAAAAAAAAAAUUACAAAAAAAAAUUACAAAAAAAAAAAAACACCAAA